AUCGGGUGUGGCAAAGGUUUAUCCUAUAAGAACACCAAACAUACGUAGUUACGUACACAGAGUGGUGCACUCAACAAGAGUUACAGCUUUUUUAAAAUCAAGUUUGAAACCAUGACGGAACCUUCUAGACGAACCUACUGCCUUUUAAAAUGGCUCUUUGUUCUCAACAUUAUUUGGCUGGCUAGUGCACAGAGCACCUUUUUCGAGAUCUCGUCGCCGUGGGUUUGGACCUGUGAAGGAAAAAAGUGCCUUCGGACAAGGGCAUCUGAAACAACCCAAGGGCAGUCAAAUGCCGUUUGCAAGUUAACUUGUUAUGAUUCAGCAACUUUAUGGCCUUUGCCUACCGGUAAAACGACUUUGUCUAAAGAUGUUAGCGCCUUUUUCGCCAACAACGUUCGAAUCGCCAAACUAACAUCAAAUUCGACAAAGACAGAGGACAUGCUAAAAGAGGCUGCCGCCAUUUUUUCGGAGCACAUAAAACAAAUGGAAAAUAACGGACUUGGGGGUUCGACUCGCGAUUGUUCAGUAUCGGCCAAUACCUGCGCCUCAGCUGCACCGUACAGCUCAUCUGAACAUUUAUUUAAUGUUGAAGUCAUCGUCACUCAGAACAUAGCACCAUUGGCUCUUGAUACAGACGAGUCGUACACACUGGACGUCAAAACGACCAAUUCCGUUACAACGGCCUACAUCGUAGCUGAAACUUUUUUCGGAGCUCGCCACGCCAUGGAAACGCUGAGUCAACUCAUCACCUGGGACGAACUGUCAAAUAGUUUGGUAGUGAUUCAAAACGCUCACAUUGAAGAUUCGCCCGUCUUCCCACACCGCGGCUUCGCUGUCGACACGGCACGCAAUUACAUGGAAAUUUCGCUAAUCAAGCGCAUAAUAGACGGCCUAUCGUACAAUAAACUCAAUGUUCUUCAUUGGCACAUGUCCGACUCUAAUUCCUUCCCUUUUGUCUCGACCCGAGAGCCCCUUAUGGCCAUUUACGGGGCCGCUUCUGCUCGUAAAGUCUAUCGCCCAGCUGAAAUUCAAGAAUUGGUCCACUACGCUCAAGUCCGAGGAGUCAAAAUUAUUCCGGAAUUGGACGCUCCAAGUCACGUAGGUGCUGGAUGGGAUUGGGGGCCUCUUUACGGGAUGGGCAACUUGAUUAUUUGUCUCGACAAGCAGCCAUGGGACAAGUAUUGUGCGCAACCACCGUGCGGAAUCUUCGAUCCCACCAACGACAAAAUCUAUACCGUGUUGAAAAACAUUUACAAAGAUAUGGAUGACGUAUUUCAAAGCGAUAUGUUUCAUAUGGGCGGCGAUGAAGUCAACAUGAGAUGCUGGAACGAGUCGGAAAGUAUAAAAAAAUGGCUAACUGAUAAAGAAUGGGAUAAAGAUCCGAAUCCUUAUUUGAAAUUAUGGAGCUACUUUCAGAAUCAAUCUUUGGCUAAAUUGGACGAGGCUCACGGAAAGACUCAACCUGUAAUAAUUUGGAACAGCGAUCUUACGGCCAAGGAACACGCAAAAGACUAUUUAGACCCCAAUCGCUACAUCAUUCAGUAUUGGAAUACAUGGAACAACACGAUUUUGAAAGAUCUUUAUGAAGAUGGUUACAAGCUGAUUAUAUCCAACUAUGACGCUCUUUAUCUCGACUGUGGAUACGGCAGUUGGGUUGGAAACGGGUUGAACAACUGGUGUCCUCAAUACACUGGAUGGAAACUGAUUUACGAGAACAGCCCUAGAGUCAUGAUUCAAAACUUCAGUCUACCUUAUAACAAAGAUCAAAUCUUGGGUGGUGAGGCAGCAUUAUGGGCUGAGCAGUCUCAAGGGGGUGCAAUUGAAGGCAAAUUAUGGCCACGGUUAUCUGCUCUAGCUGAACGGUUGUGGACCGAUCCAGACACUAAUUGGUUUGCUGCUGAAACCCGUCUGCACAUUCAGCGCGAAAGAAUGGUAGAGAGAGGCAUUACCGCCGAUGCAUUACAGCCGGAAUGGUGCGUGCAGAACGAUGGUAGCUGCAUACUUUAAUGAUUUACGCUAUUUCACAAUAUCCUGUCACUUUAAAUAACAAUAUAUAGUUAUUCCUCCAGUCACAAAUAAACAUACUUACUGCU